ACAACUGGAAACACGUGAGCUGUGCUACUACUUCGUCGUCAGCUGAGACAGGCGACAUGGCGACUUCAGCGGGCUUCAAGGUUCUAUAUGAGCAUGAUGGAGUUUUUAUACACACCAACCCAGAAAGGAGUGAGGAGCAGGAUUCUCUCACUUCAGGAUCCCUGCGCGUCCUGGACCAGGAUGGAGACCUAGUGCUGGAAUAUAAACCCAUGGAAGAUGUCGACCACUCUGCCAUGCUGUGUGCUGCCAAGGAGUCUAGCUCCGUGUUUGAAUGGGGCCAGCGGCACCAGGGUCCGAGCCAAGACCCAGGAGACCACCCACCCAGGCAGGUGGAGCACCAGCUGAGCUGUGAGACUGCGUGGGACAUGGUUCACACUGUUCAGUUCAGGAAGAAACCCAGCAACAAUGGAACAGGUGCUCCUCCUAAACCCGCUCCCAUCCCAGAGAAGAGUAAGGGUUCCCGGCUGUUCUUCCAUCUCAGUGACCUGGCCUCGGUCAGGGUGAAGGAGGAGGGCUGGUCCUACCUGGUGUUCACCCUCAGAGACCGCAACAUGGGGGUGGAGCUGCCUGCCCUGCACUUUCACCAGGGAGGUAGUGAAGACUUCCUGGACUGUCUCAGGAAGUACAUGCUGCUGACAGAGUCUACCACAGAUGCCUCCCUCCUCCAGGUCAGCCCCCACAGCAGAGCUAUGUCCCAGUCCUUUGAGAACCUGCUAGAUGAUGCCACCUUCGGACUUAUUACGAGGUUUUCUCAGGACCCAGUCACCACUACGCUGGGUGGUUUCUCCAAGGUGACCAACUACCUGUUUGAUGCGUUCCGGGGUCCAGACACGGAGCUACUGCAGCAGAGGCCCGUCGGGGAGGUUGCUGACCUGCUGAAUGAGUCCAUACCAGGACUGGACAUCAACCAGCUGGAGGAACCAGGCUUUGAGGUUAUCACCAGGGUGAGUCAGAGUAGACACUGGGAAUGAACGU